AUUCACAGACGCACUCGGCUCUCGCAAGGUUACCCCGCCACACGAACCUCAGCGCAACACCAGCCUCGCUACGUCAUCACCACCACAACCAUGGGCGCAUUGAACCUCAUCCCGCUCUUCAUUCUCUUCGCGGUUGUUGGAGGCGUAGGAUGGGUCGGCUAUCAGAUCUUCCUUUAUUCCAACGAGCUCGCCGAGCGCGGUGUCAAGAAGAUGGAGAAGAAGAACGUCGUCUUCACCAAAGAUGGCGCCAAGGUCGGAGUCAAGGAAGUCAACACAGAGGACUACGCAGAUAAGACGCAACGUGCGUUUGUCAAGACAUGGAAUGCUGCGCACGAUGGGGGAUCCCCAGCUGCGCGAAGACCUACGAGAUAGUUGUAAGACGUCAUGCGAUUCAAUUUUUGCCCGUCAGGUAGCACGAAGAGCCGAAGAUCAUCGCUUCCAAACUGUGCCCACUGAGCAGUACCUGCCGACGUCAC